UUACUUUUAAACUCGAUAUAAGUACCUAUUGAAUUAUCUUCGGAUAUGGAACCGUAAGACUAUGAUACCGUUAUCUGCAAGAUUCAUUAAAAAUUGUGUAUUUAGGCGAACGCCGUUGGCAUGACACCGUUGAACCUACUUAUCAUAAGAACGCUAAUUGUAAAAACUGUCUUCUUUUAUCGUGCACAUUUCUUGUACUGAUAAGAUUAGAGUAGUCAUAUGUCCACAUUUAGCGAGCGUACAAGUGCACUAAAUAUUGAGUUUGAAGCAUAACAGUGAUAGUGAAAUGAUUACAUUUAUUACUUAAAACUGUUAAUUCUGUGAAAUGCAGUUAAAGUUGUGUGUUGUGCUCAGUAUUGUUUUAUAAAAAUAUGCUUGAUCCUCGUACAUUUGACGUCAUGCAUAAUCCCAGGCCCGUUGAGGUAGAUCGGCCUCUCAGAAAUAGAUCAUCAUCUUGGACUUCGCGACGUCUCCUCAACGGAUUUUCAAGAUCAGAACCAAGAUACUCGCUGCAAUAUCAGACUGAUGAAAACAGCUACCUACUUCGUUUGAAGAUAAUAGGAGCUUACGCAUUGGCAAAAAAGGAUAUAUUUGGUGCUAGUGAUCCUUAUGUCAGAGUGGAAUUACAAAAAGUCGACGGAGACGUCACGCUCGAAACAUUCCUCACUAAAACCAAAAAGAGGACAUUGAACCCAGUAUGGAAUCAGGAGUUUGUAUUCAGGGUCCGUCCUCAAGAACACAAGCUGCUAAUACAAGUGUUCGACGAGAACCGCCUGACCCGGGACGAUUUCCUCGGUAUGGUGGAGGUGCCGUUAUCGACGGUGCCCUCGGAGACGGCGGCGAACACUCGUCUCACUGGCGUUGAGUAUCCGUUGCGCCCGCGCAGGUCCGUUGCUCGGUCCCGUGUCCGUGGUUACAUAGAGGUCUACCACGCUCUGCUGGGUCGCGGUGUGGGGGAGGAGGGUCAGCAACCCGCCGAGGAUGCCGCCAGGCGAGCAGACGAGGACUGGGAGCUGGUGGAGCCAGUCACGCAACACGGACAAGUGCCACCGGUCAGUAUACACACAGUAAUCUGUUGGCAACCGUCCUGUUUUCCCAGGACAGGUCCUGGGGGCUUAUUAUGUAAUUUUAAAACGUAUCGCAAUCCCUCUGAAAGGUAUAGCGAUUUUUAGAAAUAUAUAACAUUUCGUCAUUUUUAUAAUGAAUGAAUAAGAAUCAAAAUAGAAUCUAACCUAAAUCGAAUCGAAAGAUAGCGGAUAGCAUUUCAGAGAUAUUUUCGUCUAAUGCUUGCCUUGGACACUUCUAAUUAACGAUACGGUUCAUUGAACAUCUUUCUAUAGUUUUUGCUCAACGUAAUGUUUUUGAUUAUCUUUAAAAUGUGAUGUUGAAAGGGAUUCAGAUAGAUUUUAAAACCAGACAAUAAGCCUCCUGGUUAGUUUAGGAUGUCCUGAAUAGUUUUUAAGUCCUGAGGCGGUGUUCAAAACGCGGCGGUGUCGAACAUUUUUUUUAUGAAAUCGAAGCAAGAAUUACUGUAUCUUGUUCUAAACCCGACUAAUCAUUGGGUUCCAACUUCACAUCCUAGUUUUACAAGUUGAGAUUGGCAUCUUCGCAUUCAAAUUACCUCAGUGUCUCAAGACAAGUCUUCGACCAGUGUCUAUUGCGAGACAUUUGAGCGAGACGUAAUCGUUCGCUAUGGGUCUCAUAAGAAGUCUCAAGGUCACUUAGCGGUCAUACGGCGGCAUUAG